GGUCAUGCUGACUGGCAGUUACCAAACUUAUGAAAGGAGUGAACUACUCUUACUUACUUCCCCAUAAGUCCUGGGACAGCCGAGGAGGUAGAGACGUGGUCCCAAGUGUCUCAGAGAACCCAGAGCCAGGGAAGAAGCCUGGAGCUCAUCCCACAUUCCUUUCCAUCCUGUGGGAGGUCAACAUCUUCAAGGGGCAGCCUUGGAACAGAAAAUGAGAGAAGCAUAAGGCAGCUUUCACUCAGGAAAUCUAAGGCCCUAAGAGUUGAGGUGACUCCCUAAUUCAGCAAGGAGAAGCCCUGAGUAUUCAACCCAGGUUAAAAAAGGGAUCCAAUUAUUUCUCAACCCCCGUAUACUCUGGAAUGGCCAAUUUGUCCACGUCACUAUGACCUAGGAGCACGUGAAGGGAACCCACAACUGUGGGCUUCUGCACACAGAACAGCUGUCCAUCCCAGGAAAUCAACUUUUUUUUUAUUAAGAGAAGCUGAAAAAUUAUUUUAAAAGAAGCAGCUAAUUCUAAAUAUAGCUGUAGUGCAGAAGUUCUUCAAUCAUCCUUUUUGCUUACGAUGCAAAAAAUUAGCACUUAACGAAGUUCAUCGAAUGCAAAGAGUGGUCUAUGGAAGGGAGGAGGAGCUUCGGUCAGGAAACAUGUGGGUUUUUUUUUUUAUGAAUGGGGACAAUAUAAAAGGGGACACAGAAGGUGAAGGUCUACACACCAGGGCCUUGCUCUUGCAAAACCAAACCACAAGGCCGACUCACAGGAGGCAGAGCACCACCAUGCCCAGCUCAGCACUUCUCUGUUGCCUGGUCUUCCUGGCCGGCGUGGGUGCCAGCCCAGGCCACAGCAGGCUAUCUGAGAACAACUGCAGUGACUUCCCAGCCAACCUGCCCAAUAUGCUUCGAGAGCUCCGCACUGCCUUCAGCAGGGUGAAGACUUUCUUUCAAAUGAAUGACCAGCUGGACAGCAUGCUGUUGAAUGGGUCCUUGCUGGAAGAUUUUAAGGGUUACCUGGGUUGCCAAGCCCUGUCAGAGAUGAUCCAGUUUUACCUGGAAGAGGUGAUGCCCCAGGCUGAGAGCCAGGGCCCAGACAUCAAGGAGCACGUGAACUCCCUCGGGGAAAAGCUGAAGACACUCAGGCUGAGGCUGCGGCGCUGUCAUCGCUUUCUGCCCUGUGAAAACAAGAGCAAAGCAGUGGAACAAGUGAAGAGUGCCUUUAGUAAGCUCGAAAAGAAAGGGGUCUACAAAGCCAUGAGUGAGUUUGACAUCUUCAUCAACUACAUAGAAGUCUACAUGACAAUGAAGAUGAAAAAAUGAAACAUCCUAAGGAACAAAACAUCCAGGAUGAUGACUCUACUGGACUCUAAGGAAUAAAUUCAAGAUCUCCAGAAUCGGAUCCAGGGUUCCAGGAGAGAUGGACCAGCUCCUUGGAGAACCCCAGAGUACCUCUCUCCUAGAAUAUUUAUUACCUCUGAUACCUCAACUCCCACUUCUAUUUAUUUCUGAGCUUCUCUGUGAACUAUUUAGAAAGAAGCCCAAUAUUAUAAUUUUUUCAAUAUUUAUUAUUUUCACCUGUGUUUAAGCUGUUUCCGUAGGGUAACACCUUAUGGUAUUUGAGUGUUUUAAGAGAAAUUGUAAGUUAUAUAAUGAAAAAAAUGUUUCUUGGGAAGCCAACAGAAGCUUCCAUUCUGAGCCUGACCAUAUUUUGUAGCUGUUGAGCUGUUUUCCCUGACCUCCCUCUAAUUUCUUUUGUCCCUGGGCCUGGGGCUCCCAGAGUGUUAUAAAGGUCUCCUCCUCUUAGGAAGAGAAACUAGGGAGCCCUUUGGUGACUACUAUCCCAGUGGCUCAAAGGGAUUUCCCUGACCUCAUUCCCCAACCACUUCAUUCUUAAAAGCUGUGGUCAGCUUGUUAUUUAUAACAACCUAAAAUUGGUUCUAAUAGAACUCAGUUUUAACUAGAAGCAGUUCAAUUCCUCUGGGAAUGUUACAUUGUUUGUCUGCCUUUGUAGCAGAUUUUAAUUUUGAAUAAAUAAAUGGGUUUUAUUAAAA